AUGGUCAAGCUGUUUUCGAGAAAGAUCGACCAGGUGGUGGAGGGAGCAGGUGUGGGAGGGGGUGCCGGCCACGAGGGAGGAGGCGAGAAGACGGGACGCGUCGUGAUUGAGUACAACGUCGAGGAGGAGGAGGAGAUCGAGGAGGAUACAUCGAGGCAGGCUCAGCACGGGGCGAGCGGCCCGGGCGGCGAUGCGAACCAGGACGAGGACUCGAGCUUGGGAUCGAGCUCCGGCUCAAGCUCGAGCGAUGAGUCGGUCGAGGACGACGGCGAGGGCGCCGGACAUAGAACGGAGCGUACGGGGGAGCACGGAGUGGCGCUCGGGGAGCGGGUGGACGAGCGAGUAGAGCUUAUCGAGCAGCAGGCGACAGGGGAAACUAAGGCUGUCGAGGAGCAGGAGGACGCCGUCGAGAAGCAACUCAAGCAGGUCGAGGAGCGGCUGGUUGCUGCGGUGCUAAAGGGUUUCGAGAAAGCCAUCAUGGAGGACAUGUUCUGCUCCACCCUCCCACCCGAGACCAUGAAGGAGCUGAAGGACAUUGUGAGGGAAGGCUACCAUGAAGCCGAAGCAGGGAGGUUGGAAGUCCUCACCGAAGCGAUGGCGAGAGGUUUUCAGCACUCGGCGGGCCCGUCGACGAGGUCGCGUCAGGAGGGUGUGGGAGGGGUUCGCAGCGGGGCUGAGCCUCGAGGUCACGAGCGGUCGGUUCCUCCGUCUUCUUCGCUGGGAGGACAUGUCGGCAGCCCGGUUGGAUCCCCACCGGCGCGUGGCCGUCAUCUCGUCGCCAAGCCCGUCGAGGAAGUCAUCGUACUCGACCAGUCGGCCCUCCCGAAGACCUCAAUAGCGCCUCCGAUCGAUCCACCUGAUGUGUUUUCUUCGAUGCGGGACAUGCUGCAAGGCCUGGGGAAAACGGGUGGGAAAGGAGUGGUCGCGGGGGAGAAAAGUGGUGCCCCGAACGAGCACGUCGCCUCGACCGAGAACAGAGCCCUAGGAAUGAGAGGUGCCUCUACCCCGUCAGGCGGCGGUGCGGGGAAAGGAGCGGGAGAAGCAAGCGCUGGGUUGCUGUCGAAGACUAAAGCGGCAUCAGCUGCGCACGGCGGUGGUGCUGGCCUUGCUGUCGGGCUUGUGGGAAAUUGGGCGUCUUCCUCAACCCCUCCAGUUGCUCCUGUCGCCGCUGCUUCGUCCCUAGGCAACGUUUGCCUUAGCGAUCCGGGCUCCCCUUCAACGUCGAAGAAGAAGCCGGCUGCGAUGAAGUCGUCGAAGCGCGCUGCACACGUGACAGAGAGCCUUCACGUGGUGGAGCUGGCCAGCGUCCCUGGUCAGGCGCCUGUCGAGAAGACCUCUAUUGUCGUCGCGACGCUUGGCCUGAAGCACGGGAAUCUGAUUUACCCGGUCCCGAAGGGCAUGGCGGCGACACCGCACAUGAUGGCCAUCGCAGCAACUGUGGCGAGCUUGUGGGCGGCCUGCAGGAAGUUGUCGAGGGAGGAUAUUAAGAAGGAUGCCCUAGCUGCCGCAAACGCGGCGAUCUACGCCCCGGAGACAGCAAAGAAGGCUUGUGUGGUUGCCAUGUCCGCACUCGUGUCCAUACUUUUGCACGUCGGCAAGACGUUCCCGGCGAAGCAGUGGCCGGAUCACCUGUAUUCGUCGGCUGUCGAAGGUCUCGGCUCGACGGACGCCAUACUGCUGCAGAUGCUGCGCGUGGCAGCACAGGUCUGUACGCAAUGGUGCUGCUGUCGAGCUGCUGCCCGCUUGCUGGAGGACGUGGGCUAUGGCCGCCUGGCUAUGCCAGAAGAAAAGAGCAAGGCGAAGCAGGGCGACGAGGAUGCAGCUGAGACGGAAACGGGCGGGCAAGGGGAGUAG